UCUAACUGUUGCUCUUCCCGCCAGUCCGAUGCACUGCCGGUUACAAACACGUUCUAACAUGUCUACAUGUUAGCCCGUAAUAUCAAUAAAACCUAUAAUCACCCUUAUCUCCCCCAAAAUGUGUAAGAAAGUGAAAAGUGAUGGAAAAUGGCAGAACAAGAAUAACCCUGAAGAUAUAAAUUGAACGAAUUGGGUAACAAGUGCUCCACUUACUGUGAAAGUCAUUGAAAAUCCUUAUUCGACCGUCACCGGAGUUCAAAUGGACAAAGUCGACAUAUCCUCAUCAGGAAUCGACAGUGGAAUAGCGAAUGGUACAUCCUCAGUUUCAGCGAGUGCCUCAGGCCUCAAUGAAUCCAACAAUGACUCCUCCAACUACUCCAUGCGUACCCCAGUGUCGGAGACCCGGCCCAUCAACAACUCCAUCUUCAAUACCAUCUCCAAGCUGGUGAACCCUUCGGCGAAGGUUCCAGACAUUGACGACUUCAAGAUGGUAAAGCCGAUAAGUCGAGGGGCCUUCGGGAAGGUCUUCCUGGGGUACAAGAAGACGAACCCCGAUCAAGUCUAUGCGAUCAAAGUCAUGAAAAAGGACGAGAUGAUUCAUAAAAAUAUGGCUUCACAGGUCGUCAUUGAGAGGAAUGCCCUGGCCCUAACGAGGAGUCCUUAUUGCGUGCAAUUGUUUUAUUCACUGCAGUCAGUGAGCUCUGUCUAUCUAGUGAUGGAGUACAUGGUUGGAGGGGAUUUAAAGUCUCUGUUGGGAUAUUUUGGAUAUAUGGAGGAGUCAAUGGCACUCUUCUACACAGCAGAAGUUUGCCUAGCCCUGGACUACCUCCACUCCCACGGAAUAGUUCAUCGAGAUCUGAAGCCCGAUAAUAUGCUAUUGUCUCGCGAGGGUCACGUCAAGCUCACGGACUUUGGUCUGAGUAAAAUAUCAUCCCUGGAUCGAGAGCUCGAAAUCUCGGACCUAGUUAACCGCACACCCAGCCUCCUCGCGAGAACUCCGGGACAAUUGCUCUCUCUAACAUCUCAUCUAUCGUUUGGCUCUGCUGGGAAAUCUCUGGACUCUAACCUGGACACGAGUGACGACAGUGCCUCAGCAAUGAAUUUAUUGCCAGCUCUCCAGGAGCGCAAGACUAGAUGCCUCUCUCUGAACUCCCUAGCUUCAUCGACAACCUCCGGAGAUUAUUCCAAACUGUCUGGUGUGACUCCUUUCCAGUCAGCUGAGGAUCUCCACCUAUCCGACAGUGAAGAAUUUCACGAGAAUCUGGUUAUCGAGGGGUUUUGCGAAGAGGAUAAUAGCACUGGUAGCUAUCACACAUGUGAAGCAUCAUCCAUUAAACAAAUCAGUGGAUUGGAUAGCAAAGGGGAUGAAGACGAGUCGACCAUCGAAGCUGAAAAUUCUCAUCAACCCCUUCAGCAUCCUAGUCCUCUAAGCACUGGAAAGAAUGCUUUUCCAAGGGGAACCAAACGGAAACGGGCCCCCAUGUAUGUGAGCACUGGACUCACGAGGGAGAUUAGUCUUAUGGAGCUGGAAGGGCAUACCACGCCGAAGAGGAAGAAUAGAGGCACAAUCACCACAUCCACGACCUCCGCAUCAGACCCACAACAGGAGCUGCCAGAGGAUCGCAAAGGCCAGGAAGGAGGAUCGGGUGGAAGAGUCGCCUUCAGUACCCCAGUGUCAUCCCUGAAAAGCCGUAACCGAGAGGACGGUAAGCAGAAUGACGGGAAAACUGCCCCCAUCAAGAGUACCAGAUUCGACCUGCCACCCCCAGCAGCCACACCGGACCUCCCAGAUCACAAUCAGGAUUCAGGAACUGACGAGUACACAUCUCCCCAGGGAAUCUCCCCAAUAACAACUCCAGCAGCAUCUGACAACAACUUCACACCCUUCAGAACCCCCAAAAGUGUGAGAAGAGGAGUCCCCGGAACGUCGAGCAGAACAGACGACAGAAUUCUGGGAACACCUGAUUAUCUAGCUCCAGAACUCCUCUUGAAACAGGGACAUGGACCUGCUGUUGACUGGUGGGCCCUGGGGGUAUGUCUGUAUGAGUUCUGCACUGGGCUUCCUCCCUUCAACGACGAGACACCUCAAGCUGUCUUCGCAAAUAUUCUGGCCCGGGAUGUACCUUGGCCCGAGGACGAGGAAAUACUCUCCGAGGAGUGCGUCAAGGCUAUUGAUGCUCUUUUGACCCUUGAUCAUAAUCUUAGACCCUCAGCGAAGGAGGUCCGGGCAAUGGGGUUCUUCAGCGCAUUCCCUUGGGAUGAACCUCGCAGGGCCAGUCCACCCUUCAUACCUCAGCCGGAUGAUAAUUAUGAUACCUGCUAUUUUCAAGCUCGAAAUAUUCUUCAGCAUCUCAACGUCAGUAACUGUGAGAAUUAAAUUUCACUCAAAAUCUUGUAGACUAUUCAAUCGAAGAAAUUGUGAAAUAAUGUAAAUAUUUAUGUCUUUGUAAUAUAAAAUUAGUGUAACUGGAAUUGCCACUAGCCAUUUAUAUAAUGCUCCCACAAUUUCUCCAAUAAUUCAUAUUUUUUUAAACAUCUGCUGCUGCAAUGUAUUUUUGUGAUAUAAAAAAAUUUUCAGAAUGGAUUUAAUGAAUGUGAUUUUUAUUUAGAAAA